AUGACUAUUACAACUUACCUUGGUAAAAGAGAUUUCAUCGAUCGCGGUGAUUAUGUUGAUUUGAUAGAUGGCAUGGUAUUAGUAGAUGAAGAAACAGUCCGAGAAGGCAGGCGAGUUACGGCGACGUUGUUGGCAGCUUUUCGAUAUGGUCGAGAAGAUCUGGACGUGUUAGGAUUAACAUUUCGAAAAGAUCUGAUUUCGCAACAGUAUCAGAAUGUUUUCGUUCUGAUUCAUACACCAUACCAAUCAACAGCUUUAUACUCUAAACACUUAACAUGCAUAAUUCUUACCCCAUGUUCCGCUUAUCCCCCUUAUUUCGUCUUCACCCAUUUGUUGCGCUGUCGUACACUGCUUUGUCCGAUAAGCCAAAAAGGACAGAAGUCAACGUUUGAUUGCCUGAAGGCUUGGGGAGAUUCGCGGUGGUUGUGUUUCAAUUGCCUAAGUGGUGCAGUAGAUAUGUUGAGCUCCUGUGUCGAGGCCAGUGGAUUUAGACAGAAUCCCAGAUCAGGUGUACACCUCAACAUUGCAGCUGUUACAUGUUUGAAAGUGGUUACUGCUUCAUUUUGGAAGGUUUUUCCUCCAAACCCAUCUCAAGCGACCAGGCCAUUGACGCGAUUGCAAGAAAGGCUAAAGCGAAAACUCGGCGAUCUGGCGUUCCCAUUUUGGUUUGAAAUACCCCCACGGAGUGCCAGCAGCGUCACUUUACAGCCUGCCCCUGGCGAUACUGGGAAACCAUGUGGAGUAGAUUACGAAUUGAAAACGGUAGUUGGAGGUCCAGACACCAAUACAAGCGAUCGUCAACGUAGAAAGUCGACUAAUUCUAGCAGCAGCGUGAGACUUGCAAUUCGAAAACUUACUUACGCUCCUUGGGAAGCGAGGCCACAACCGACAGCUGACGUUAGCAAAGACUUCAUGAUGAGUGCUGGACUCUUGCAUAUGGAAGCAUCGCUUGACAAAGAGAUGUACUACCAUGGUGAGUCAAUAGCUGUGAAUGUCCACAUCCAAAACAACAGCAAUAAAUCUGUAAAAAAACUGAAGGUCAGUGUUGUACAGAUCGCCGAUAUCUGUCUUUUCACCACAGCAUCGUAUACAUGCGAAGUAGCUCGGGUGGAAAGCGCGGAGGGUUUUCCCGUUGGUCCUGGUGCAACACUUUCAAAAGUAUAUUCCGUAUGCCCACUACUGCGAAAUAACAAAGAUAAAAGAGGUUUAGCUCUAGAUGGUCAGCUGAAACAUGAGGACACGAAUUUGGCAUCGAGCACUAUAAUGGAACCAUCAACAACGAAAGAAAGUCUUGGCAUCGUUGUGGCAUACAGAGUGAAAAUUCGUGCUGCUAUUGCUGGACCACUUGGUGGAGAAUUGGUGGCAGAACUUCCGUUCACUCUUACCCAUGCAAAACCUGCUGAGACUCCUGAAAGAAGGGAUCGACCUAUUGUAAGCCGAUCUGCGCAAGGAAGUGCAGGGCCGGAUCCGUUAGAGGUUGAUCUGAUACAGCUAAAUGAGGAAAUAAAUGACUUGCGCAUGGACGAAGACGACUUGAUUUUUGAGGACUUUACUCGUCUACGGCUCAAAGGAGCGGACUCAACAGAAGAAGCCUCGCCGAGUAACUUUUCUCGUUUAUUUUUGCGCUCGGCCUUACGUAAUUCAGCUAUGCAACGCAGGGUCCUGGUUAUCUUUAUGCCCUUUUUAUCUUCGGAAACAUUUGGUACUAAAGCACUUUUGAACCUCAAGUAA